UCAGUAUAUGACACAAUGGACGUGUCUUCAAAACAUAUCGAGCUCUUUAGCCUCGAUCCCUCGACAGCAUUAUUGAGCAUUCUGAACCAAUCAAGUGUUCUAGGUAGUCCUCUCACUAGGUUUUGAGACACCGUCGUGUCUAAGCAGGGACGACUGUCUGGGCUAACAGAAACCGAGUGAGAUUAUUUGUUUUACGCUAACUAACAGCACUCUAUGGUCCAAACCCUGGCUUUAGUCAGAAUUGCCAGGCAUGCGGAUCAGGCUGCAGGGCUCUGGCCACACGGCCCGUCUCCUCUCCGAGCUCAACCGCUGCCGUCUGUCUCGGCUCCUGUGCGACGUCAUCCUCCAGGUCGGAGGCCGUACCUUCCCUGCUCAUCGCGUGGUGUUGGCAUGCUCUUGCACGCACUUUAACAGCCUCUUCUCCAGAGGCUCUGGAAACCAGGGUGCCGUUCCCACCACUUUCUCUUUGGACUUUGUCUCUGCUGCCAAUUUCGAGAAGGUCUUGACUUUUAUCUACACGGGUGAGAUUUUCACAGACUUGAUCGAUGUGGGUGUGCUGUAUGAGUUGGCGGAAAGGCUCGGCGUGAGGGAGUUGGUCAACGCUUGCCAUGCCACCUUUCCUGAACUGCAGAGCUUCAGCUCUGGUGAUGCGGUUGCCGAAGGGGAUUUGGAAAGCAAUUCGGUGUCGGCCAAUGCCACGGCUGUGUCUGUUUGCUCAUCCUCUGCAGCGUCCUGCUCCUCGUUGUCUUCUUCAGCUGCUCCCACUCCUGUAACUCCAUCUCCGGUUUCUCAAAGUAGGAAUUGCAGGUUGAAUCGCUCCCACUUGGCCACCCAGUCGCCAAAAAAUGAAGACUUGGGUUACAAUCAACAGGUGACCAGCAAGGCUAGUCCUUCGGACAGUAACCGUUCUACAGAUGCUCUUCCUGGACUAACUUUGCAGCUCAAGACUGAGCGGGAGGAUGAAGGAGAAGAUGCAGGAAGUAACUCAGUGGACCAGCUUGUUGUUAAUGGUAGCAAAUCAACGUUUGGGCCUCAGGAACCAUGUUCUGUCCCUGAUUCUUCAGCACAACUUGGAGGGGAAUCCUGCGCCCCUUCGUCAUCCUCUAAUGACCCUUUGGACAGUUUGCAGCUGGGGGCCAUUGCUAGACCAAUCAAAGAUUCAGAUUUUUUUGAAGAAGACGAUUCUAGGAAGAGGCACAGACUACAGGAAGAGCAGACGGAGGGCAAAGAUCAGUGGCGAGGACUUUCAGAAGACAUAAUUGAGCUGAGCGACGAGGAGGAGCACUUCAUUGUGGAGGAAGAGGACGAUGAGGACUUGAUGUGCAUCGAGAAUGGAGAAAAUGGCGUGUCACUUGGGCAGCUGGCGUCAUCACAGCCAUGCAAAUCCUGUGGGAUGCUACUUCCGGCGGAAAACGCCAUUAUACGUACUCACGCUGAGACGCACCUCUCAGAAACGGGUUCGUGCCAGGUGUGUGGCACCUCAUUCUCGGACCGAGCUGCUGCUGUCGCUCAUGCCCUCACACACGUGGGCAUCUUGCUCUUCUCCUGCGAUGUCUGCGAACAUCAGUUUUGGACUGAAUCUGCACUGAUUCACCACAGGCGUCAGUCAGCUGCCAAGUGCGCCCCUCAAAAUCCAGACCAACUGAAUGGAGCCUCCCAACGACAAGGAGGGGAACUGCAGUGCACCAUCUGUGCUAAAUCAAUGGCAAAUGAUUUUAAGGCUGUCAGGGACCACGUUCAGAGCCACGUAUGCUUGAGGACAUUACGCUGUGGAGUGUGCCAGCUGUCUCAGCCCUCUCGAUGCGCCCUCCUGUGGCACACCCUGACACACCUCUUUCCUAUUUACACUUGUCCACAAUGCACCAGCCCCUUCCUGGAGAGCGCGCUACUGGAAAGACACCUGUCUCUACACACAGAGGAAGGAGCGUCAGUGAAACAGGACGACAGCAGGCCAGAGAUCAGUGGAGAAGGCCAGUCCGAGCUGCGCUGCUUCCUGUGUCCGCAGACCUUCCGCUCAGAAAGCGCGUUUCAUUACCAUCUCAGCGUGCAUUCGAACGAGCUCCAGGGCAGCCAGGUAUGGCCAGCCAAGCGCAAGGCAGACCAGCUCCUCGAAUUCUCCUCAUCCUCCUCGUCACCUAUGGAGGCGAGCGGUUUGGGUAAAGCCGGUUACAAUUUAAACCUAGGCUUCAGCAUGCAGGACAAAAUGGCUCACGGUGGCGCCUCAUUUCCUGCCGGACUUGUACUGAACGGUAACUCUGGUGGCGGAAGGGAAAAAUUGUAUCGGUGUCGGUAUUGCGGUAAGCAUUUCGCACACUCGGGCGAGUUCACCUACCACCUUCGCAUCCACACGGGUGAGAAGCCCUACCAGUGCAAAAUAUGCCUGCGCUUUUUCCGUGGCCGUUCCACCAUGAUCUGCCACCUAAAGACACACUCGGGUGCACUCAUGUACCGAUGCACGGUCUGCGGCCUGUUUUUCUCCACCCUCAAGAUGGUUUCCUCGCACAUGGAGCUCCAUAAAGACCAGCUGUCGCCCGAUUUCAACAUCGAGGAGACCUUUAUGUAUAAUGACCACUCUAAAGAGCCUGUCUCCAAUAUGGACACCUGAAAGUCGCCCUCUCUGAACGCUCCGUCACACUGUGUGCCCACGUUUACUCCGGAUGAGGACAAUUAGACUUAGAAUGUAAUUAAGUGUUUAAUGUGAACGGUUAUUUGUUUUUUAAAGACUAAGUUAAAGGUAAAACUUUAUUUUAAAAAUGAAGUUCUGAUACUUGUCCACUUGAUGGCAAGAGAGACUGAGCAAGGUUGCAUUGGCAAUCAAAUCUUUGGACACGCCUACUCAUUGUUUCCAUUUUAUUUUUUCCAUUUUAGAAUAAUAAGAAAGUCAUCAAAGCUGCAAAAUAACAAAAAAUAAACAUCUUCUAUUGUAGCUGCUUCAAACCUAUGCCAAGAACAUCAUGAGACAGUGUUUGAACACUUAAUGAAGAUUACACUUAUUGGCUGAUUUUCAGUCACUAUCAUUUAUUUAAAAGAAAAAUUUUGUUGUGGAAAGAAUUCUUGCACAGAUGCAAGUUGGAUUUGUCUUCAAAGCCGGUUUCAACCAUUUUAACCAUAAGCAUUACGAUCAAAAGAUUUUUUAAGAUCAUAGCAAACAAAUUCAGUCAAUUUUUAACGGGUAAAUCUGCGAUUACCUCUAUAUACUCUUCUGGCAACUCUAUCACAAUAAGCUAAAGGUCUCUGGUUAUUCUAGAGAAGCACAAAGUAACCUUUGUCCUUACACAACGCAAGUGCAAGUUGAGAAUACACCAAGAUCUAUGUUUUCUGAUAAACAAAGCAGUACUCUAGAAUAUACAUAAAAUGGUUCUUUUAAAAAAAUAAAUAAUUGAAGGUAUUUUUCUUUUACAGAAUAGCCGUUAUUUUUAUAGUAGUGUUGUGUGUCAUUGACAUAGACUAAAUUAGAAAUAGUUACUGGUUUAUGAGAUGCAGUAUAAUAUAGUUUGGAUGUUGUACAUAAAGCAAAACUCUUCAUAUGUCAUUCAUUUCAUUCAGAAAAGAGAAGCUAUUGAGACUGAGGUGCUAAUAUAUCAGACGGUUCAUAUGUCAGUGUUCACCCUCUUCACUUGGGACAUAUCAGUGUUUCAUUUGAAUGGUAUUGUCAUGAAUAAAUGACAGUUCUCUUUAGAAAGCUGUGUUUUUCUUCUGUACCAUUUUCCCAGCAGUAAUAUGCGUGUUCUUUCUUAUAUGAGACCAUUUUACAUUGUACAUUUAAAUGAUUUUUUGUUCAAUUCAAAACCGAUUUGGCACACUAGUCCAUUCAUAAUUGAUGAUCAUACCAUUUCAAACCACAAAGUAUGUAUUCAAAACUUCUGGGACAUUGUGGUUGUUAUAGCUUUAUUUGCAAUGUAGCACAGAAAUCACCGGCUGAACCUUAUAAACUGCCUGGUUUUUAUCAACUAUUUAUCACUUUUAUCAAUCAAUCAGUUUUAUUUUUUUAGGGAAAAAAUGCACAUUUGACGAUUUGCCACGGUUUGCAGCUGAUGUUGUGAUUAUAACCAUAAAU